UUUCUCCUAACCUCAAACGUCAAAUUGCCGACUGGCUUAUUUCAUAGAACACACAAUUUCUGUUAAAAUGUUGCAAAUUAAAUAUUCCACGAUUUUGCUGUGUACUUUGUUAACGAUAUAUGCCAUAGUUUCAAAAUUUAUAUUCAACAAAAUAUAUCAAACCGCAAAACUUAUUAUUGAUGAAGAAUUUCAUUUUCAACUUGGAGAAGCUUAUUGCAGAUACGAAUUUGACAAGUGGCAUCCAAAAGUAACAACAUUUCCGGGCCUCUAUCUAUUCAGUAACUUAUUACUGGGGCCUUUUGAUUUGUGUUCAACUUAUUGGCUAAGACUGACUUCAUUAUUUUCUUCAUUCGUGAAUUUAAUUCUUUUUUAUUGCUUACUAAACCUAAAUAAUGAACAACAAAGGUGGCAAAAUGCUAUUUCAGCAGCUAAUUUAUCGAUACUACCACCACUGUACUUUUUUGGACAUCUCUACUAUACAGAUGUUGUUUCUCUCACGAUGGUUUCAAUGCUUUUUUUAUUGGCACAAAGAAAUUACCAUUAUUUUGCGUCAAUUUUUGGGUUGUUUGCGGUUUUAUGUCGGCAAACCAAUAUAAUAUGGGUUGUGAUGGCUUUGGGUUAUUAUGCCUUGAAGGAAAUAAAUAACAUUUAUCAGAAGACUAGGAGAAUUGACUGUGUUACUGCAAAGGAGUUGGUACAGUUAUCAAAGCUCGCUAGAGGAGAUUUAUUGAUUACGAUAAGAAAAAUACCAUUCCAUUUUUGGUUAAAUGUCACUUGCUACGGCUCAUUGUUGAUAUUUUUCGUGUUGUUUGUUUAUAUAAAUGGCAGUAUUGUCGUAGGUGACAAAACAGCCCAUGAAGCCACAAUCCAUUUGCCUCAGUUAUUUUAUUUUUCACUUUUUUGUCUGGUUUUUGCUUGGCCUCAUUUCAUUACAGAAAUUUUUAGUUUCUUUAAAUUUGUAAAGUGUCAUAAAAUUGUUAGCUUAGGUGCUUUGUUGUUAAGUGUAACUAUUGUUCACUUUAAUACUUUGGUUCAUCCCUAUGUAUUGGCUGAUAACAGGCAUUACUUUUUUUACAUUUGGAACCGAUUUUACGGUAAAUAUUUUUGGUUCCGCUAUGUAAUUGUUCCUGUGUAUUUAUUUGGAUGGUUUGUCAUAAUUAAGAAACUGUGGGAUAAAAGAGAUGUCAGGUUCCUUCUCUUUUUCAUACCAUGCACAGUACUAGUUUUAGUAACACAAAAACUUUUGGAAUUCCGAUAUUUUUUCAUUCCGUAUGUUCUCUUUAGAACACAUUUAAAAAAUGUGGAUGUUCGAUUUGUUUUCUACGAAUUCAUAACUUACUGCGUACUUAAUGCUUGUACACUUUAUAUAUUUUUCACGAAGACAAUAGAAUGGGAGAAUUUCGAAUGUCCCCAAAGACUUAUUUGGUAAAAAUGUGAUUGGGACAGGGGCAAGCAAGACUAGCUCUCACCUCAAAGUAAAACAAGACGUUGAAAACUUUGCGUAUUUAUUUAUAAGAUUCUUACUAAUUUCUGGCUGUUAAAUGUAUCAAUAAAUAUGUAUUCUUGUA